AUGCAAUUUUCUUUCGGAGCCCUAAUUCUCGUUACGGUUCUGCUCAUCUGCUGCACCGGAUCAAAGUUUCCGUUUCUGAAAAUAUUCCCUUGCUUUGUGACGCUUCGACAAAUAGUGGUCGACAUGUUCUCGCCUGGGCUCGCCGUGGCAGCCCCUUCCGCCUCCUCCUUGUCAUCUUUUUGGGACAAUUUUACUCUUCACAUUGACUGGAUUGCUGGUUUUUUUUUGCUUUUCUUUGCUACUGCAACCUUCAAUGACGUUGUCAUUUCUCUAUUCAUGACUUUAGUGGUAGUGGGAGGAUUCUUGGCUCCUUUCUUCUCCUGUGUUGCAGCCAUUAAUGUUGGCGCACUAUCAAUAGCUGUAUGUGUCAUUUCUACUGCAACAACUGUUUCCAUUAUUGCUGUUCUUAUAGCUACAGAUGUGGACUCUAAGUUCUGCUAUUAUUACGUAAGGGCCAAUGUCUGUGAUAUGCUGAACAACUUGUAA